AUGACGGCAUGGGCAAGCGCGUCAUGGAAAGAUGGUGCUGUAUUCCUCAAACACCACCCAAAGAACCAAUCCACCACCAACACUUCCAUAAUGGCAACCAACGACCGUGGCCAGGGCGCAUCUCACGCCUCCGACUCCGUCUUGCCCCAAAAGGUGCAGGAGAAGGUUCCCAAGUCAGUCGAGGAGAAGGUUCCAGACUCUGCACACGACACGGGCAGCAACAAGCAAACCGGCAAGGUCUCCCACGCCACCGGCGAAUCCAAGGUUCCGCAAGCACUCCAAGAGGGACUUCCCGAGAGCGUGGAGAAGGCGGUGCCGAAUGCCCUGCACGACACCAAGGGAGCGAAGUUCAGCGAUGGUAGCGUCGGCACCUAA